AACUAGAGUCCAGGAAAUCGGAAUGUAGAAGAGGAGGGCGGUGCGGUGGUGUCGGUGCUGGAAGUUGGAGUGCGCGGCGUAUAGGAUGAGCGAGAAGGAGGCGGCGGCGGCCCCCUGCACCGGGCAAUCAGUGGAUGUAAUGUGCAAAAAGCGGGAAGAUUACUUGGAAUGGUGUGAAUAUUUUAUGGCCGUCGCCUUUUUAUCGGCUCAGAGAAGUAAAGACCCCAGUUCCCAAGUUGGAGCGUGUAUCGUCAAUCCUGAGAACAAAAUUGUUGGUAUUGGAUACAACGGAAUGCCCAAUGGCUGUCCGGAUGAUGCACUUCCGUGGGCAAGAACAGCAGUAGAUAAGCUUGAUACAAAGUACCCGUAUGUUUGCCAUGCUGAGCUGAAUGCCAUUAUGAACAAGAAUUCAGCAGAUGUAAAAGGAUGCGACAUGUACGUUGCUUUGUUUCCAUGCAAUGAAUGUGCCAAGCUAAUCAUACAAGCAGGCAUUAAAGAAGUGAUCUAUAUGUCUGAUAAAUACCAUGACUCUCCAGAAAUGAAGGCUGCAAGGUUGAUGUUUGGUCUGGCUGGUAUCAAAUACACGAAAUUUGUUCCCAAGAGAAAAAGUAUAGUCAUCGACUUUGAUUCGAUCAAUAAGAACAGACCGGGUCCAACUCAGAUGUGAAGACUUGUUGCAUUCUUCAGUUGCUGUCACACGAUGUGACUUUGUAGCUGUCACCUGUGUGAGAAUGUAAAGGGUUAGGUGUCUGUAUUUCUCUACAAAGGGUAUACUGGCUCGUUUUUUGCUGAAUCUUUUUAGUGACUGUCAUCGCACAGAUCUAACAAACUCCCGGUGGUGCCUUACCUUUGUAGUGUGCUUAAACGAUUGAGACUUUGUUACAUUUUGUAAAUGAACCAUGUGCUUUUAUGGCAGGCAAAGUAGUUGCUUGCUUUGCUAAAUGUUACACUUUAGUCUCAAAUAGUUAAGUGUUUUCAAAAUACCUAUCCCGGCAACAGUUGGGGUUCAUGUACAUGAGCUCCAUUUCCCUAAAACAUUUACUACUAUCUAAAUUCCAUUUGGCUUGUGUGAGGGACUUGGUUCAGGGGAACACAGCCAUUCAUUUUUAGAGGAUCUCCGACACAAUACUUUAUGCUUCCUAACUGUCCAAAAUCAACUUUCUUUUGCCCGUGGUGUAUGUUAGGCCCCAUACACACGACCGGAUCUAUCCGCUGGGAUUGAUCCGCGGAUCAGUUCCAGCGGAAAAAAAAUG